GAAACAGAUGGUCUUGCCACCAGCAGGGUCACAUCCGCUAUUGCUGCCUCUCUACUCUCCCACUGUUCCUCAGAACAUCUCUGGACCAAAGCCCUUUGCCAGUCCCCUUCCAGCCCCCAGCCCACCAUGAUCCCUCCAGGCAACAUCCUGUUCCUGCUUUUGCUCCCAGUGGCUACAGCUCAGAUAACCCCAGGUUCCUGUUCCGGAUGUGGGCCCCUCUCUCUGCCACUCCUGGCAGGCCUUGUGGCCAUCGAUGCGGUUGUGUCCCUGCUAAUCGUGGUGGUGGUAUUUGUAUGUGCACGCCCACGCAGCAGGCCCACCCAAGGAGACAACAAAGUCUACAUCAACAUGCCUGGCAGAGGCUGAACCCCCUGUAACUGCAAUCUUCAACUUCUGAUCCUCUCGUUCUGGAUUAUGUGUGGUGGCACAGGAAACCCACUCCCCUCUUUGGGUUGAAAUAAAUCAAUUG